AUGCAAGGAACUCCAGAUUUGGAUGAACCAAAUGUUAAUAAUGCUUAACAGGCUUGGGGAAAAUUAAUAUCAUUGAAUGGAGGCAAAUUCAAUUCACAGGACUUGUAUGAUGAAGAAAUAACAAUUGGAAGAUUGGACACCAAUAAAAUAGUGAUUAAUGAGAGCAGAUUGUCUGGACUACAUUGUAAAAUUAAAUGGGACUCCGCUAAUAACUUGGCUUAGAUGUAAGAUUUAUCAACGAAUGGAACAUUUAUAGGAGAUUAAAAGAUAGGGAAAAACAAUGAAAUUAUAUUAAAGAAUGGGGAUGAGAUCUAUUUAUUACACAAAAGCAAAGUUCCCAUAACAGAUAUAAUUGGAUUCACAUUAGUCAUCAAAUCAGUGAAGGAAGUAAAAGUGGAGGUUUAAUUGGAUGAAUAACAACAGAAAAAAAUUCAAAUGCUUGAGGAUAUGUAAGAAGAUAUGCAUUGUCCAAUCUGUGAUGAUUUAAUAUUUUAAUGCGUUUCAUUGGUGCCAUGUCUACAUAACUUUUGUGGUGCUUGUUUUUCAGAUUGGAUGGCUAAAUCCAAAACUUGUCCAUCCUGUCGUAAAGAUGUUUAAUCUGUGAAUAAAAAUUCAAUGGUGAAUAAUGUUGUAGAGAGGUACCUCUUGAUGAAUCCUGAUAAAAAAAGACCAGCUGAAGAAUAUAAAGAAAUGGAGUCAAAGAAUAAAAUCAAAGGAGACGCAAUUGUUUUUAAUUCAUCUGAUCCAAUUCCCAUAGUUUAACCUGUUACCAAUGUAGCUCCAGCUAGAGGACGAGGUAGGCCAGCUGCACAAUAAUAAGCUCCUAUUGUCUAAUAAGAUAUUUAAACAGAAACACAUAAGUAGAAUCAUAUCAGUGAUUACUCAGCUGAAGAAGAUGAUGGUCCUGUUACAAAAGAUUGUGUCACAUGCAUUAGAAGUAUUAAUGGAUAUCAAUGUUAAAGAAGAAGUGUUCCACAUUUAAAUUGUGGUAAUUGUGCAUCCAAAAUGCCUAAAUUUGAUUUAAAUGAAAAAAGAUUGGUUUUUAGAUGUCAAUUAUGUGAAAAUUACUUUUGCACUCUCUAUAAUAAGAAUUGUUAAUAAUUGAGCAAGAAGAACCCGAAUGCUCGUAUUGAAAGACAUGCAGUUCCUGGGAAUGUAGAUGUUCAAUGUUUUAGAUAAAAUCAAUUUGAAUUGUAAGCAUUUCUGGAUUACAUGAAACAGAAAGGUUUGACAACACAGGAUAUCUUCAAAUAUAUGCUUGAUAAUCAUAUUAGCAAAGGGGGAUUCAAAUAUGUAGAAGGAAAGCGUACUCACAAAGAUCCAAAAAGAACAAUCGAUAUGCUCAUUCUCAAUGAAACUCCUGUUUGCAAUCAAUGCUUCACUUUAGUUUGGCAAUAGAUAGUUUUCAGAUACCGUAUUUCGAUUAGAGAUUAGAUGGCUGAUAAAAUUAAAAAUAGAGGAUAGUGUUGGUUUGGAAUUAAUUGCAAUACGAUGACUCAUAAUCCAUAACACGCUGAGAAGUUGGAUCAUAUUUGUGAAUAAACUAAAUUUUGA